AUGCAGAGUCAUGCCCAGCGCCCGCGGGGGGCCGUGAUCUUCCUCCACGGCUCAGGGGACACCGGCGGCGGCGUUCGAGACUGGCUCAGCUCCGCGUCGGGGGGCAAGUUCGAUAGGGCCAUAGCCGAGCUGGGUCUCGGGGAGGUGGUGUACCCGACGGCACCGGAGAGACGGUACACGCUCGCGGGGGGGGCGGUGUCGACAGUGUGGUUCGACCGGGAGAGGUUAAGCCCGGGGUCUCGACAGGAUCGCGCGGGCGUUCUUCGUUCUUUGCGACAGGUGGAGGACGAAGUGCGAAAGUUGGAGGACGCGGGAGUUCCCAGGAGCGGCGUGUUUGUCGGCGGGUUUUCCAUGGGGGGAUGUCUGGCGCUGGAGGCUCUCGGGGCCGAGGGGCUAGCGGGACGAUUGGCCGGGGUGUUCAGCCACGCCAGCUUCCUCAGCGACGAUUCGGCCGUGUUCGAGGUGACGGCGGGGGGGUCGGCGGCGCAAUCGUCCCGGCCAGCCCCCACCCCCGUCUACGUCACCCACGGCGCUGCCGACGGCAUGGUGAAGGUCGCCUGGGGCAGGUCUACCGCUGAGAAGCUCAAGGCCAGGGGGGGGCUCGACCUCACCUUCAAGGAGCACGUCGAGCUAGACCACGAGCUCGAAGAGGAGCAGAUUGCCGGGCUGUUGGACUGGAUAUCGACCGUUGUCGGCCGACCUGGGUUCGGGCAGGUGGUGGGGGGCGGGGACGGCCGGCAAACGUCCGCAGCGCGACGGGGGGUGUCUCCGGCAGGAGCGACCGAGGUGCUCCAUGCCGACCAAGUAGAACCUGCCUGCUCGGUGACGUACGACAUCACCGACCUUGGGGGGUGCCAGUCCCGAGCCUCAUUUCACGUACCCCCCGGAAGGGCCGCGUGGCAACGUCGUUCAUGA